AUGGAGGAAAAGAAGACGACGGCAGGGGCGAAGACGACGGACGGGAGAAGGGAGACGUCCGCCGCGGUAAGAGUGGAGACGCGCACGUCUGCAAGGAACAGGAAGAAAUCAGGGAAGAUCGCGUCCGUCCACUGCCUUGAGCUAGCGUCGCCGCGCGUCCGUUCGCGUGCUGAGGCGGCUGAGAAGACGAGACGGGGAAAAGCCUUCCGCUUCUUCCUUCGCGGCCAGUUGCAGCCAGAGAACUUUCGUCUUUUGUCUCCCUGCAUCUCGCGCGACCUAAUCCAGACAGAGAAGACGAAGGACGCGAAGAAGGACGGGAAGAGAAAGCAGGGCGGGAAGAGGAAGGGAGAGAGGGGACAGCGGACUGUCGCGCGUGCGAGCGCGGUGCGAGAGCAGCGCGACGCGAAGGAGAGGACGAGGGGAGAGAAGAAGGCCGUCGCGAUGCAGAAAGCUCACGAGAAUUCGAGGUUGCGCGAGAAGAACGAGGCAGCGCAGGAGACAACAGAGAGCGCGGUGCCUUGUUGCUCGAAGGCGCCGAGGCCAUCCGGCGUCGUGUGUCGCUCUCGAGCCCCCAGGAGAGAGACGCAGAAGAGAAAGGAAGCGAACUCUCUACAAAGUUCCUUCUCUCCCACUGCGACUCGAGUGUGCGUCGUGAAAGACAAGAAAAGGAAGCAAAAGGCGGAGAAACUCGGCCUCGAGGAGAAGCUGCGACCGUGGAAGGCUGAAGUGUCGAGGCAGUUGAGCUGGGCCCUGACGGUCGCGAAUACGAAAGUGUCUUCUUCCUUCUCUCGCCUGCUGGGGAGACACAGACAGGAGAAUCUCUUACGCCCAACGCUCUCUGACCCGCCACGGAGAAACACAGAGAAGAAGAAGAAGAAGAAGAAGAAGAAGAAGAAGAAGAAGAAGAAGAAGAAGAAGAAGAAGAAGAAGAAGAAGAAGAAGAAGAAGAAGAAGAAGAAGAAGAAGAAGAAGAAGAAGAAGAAGAAGAAGAAGAAGAAGAAGAAGAAGAAGAAGAAGAAGAAGGUGUGUGUUGGUAGUUUCCGAGCAACGCACCUUUCUUCGAAUCUCCCCGCCGCGCCGACCGCAGUUUCCGCGGUUGUCUCCUCCUCUGCACAUCGCAAGACGGGCGAGGAAGAACCAGAGAACGCGAAGAUCGAAGAGGCGGCAGAAACGUUCCCAGACAAGGGCGAGUCCGGCGACGAACGGAGCGAGGAGAGAGAAGACGACAAACAGAAGGAAGAAAGUGCAUCUGAGGGGGACGCAGGCGUGGACGCACCGCCAGCAGGCGGCGUCUGUACAGCAGAGGGGAACUUCCUCUCGCCACGAAGAGGAGAUCUGCGCAGUUGCGUUCUUCGACAAGCAACGCGGCGGCGCAGAUGCGAAGCGGGGGGGGGUUCGGCCUCGGAAGGCACCGCAGGAACAGCAGAAAACUUUCUUUGUCGGCAGGAGGGAGAAGAGAGCAAAGGCGGGGACGCCUUGUCAGAGGAAGAAAGAAACGUCCCUGGAAAUGGACUCUGGCAAGAAGAAACAGAACGCAGAGACAUUUCUCGAGCGCUCGGCGGGGGCCAGGCCUCUGCAGAUCGCCGUCGCACUGUUGACGUCGGCAUCGUGACGAAACGCGCCACACCGAGAAAAGGCAAAGGAGAAUCAGACGAAAGGAGAAAUAAGGAAGGAAGAAGAAAAGGGGAAGAGGAAGACGGGGAAGACUGGGAAGACGGGGAAGAGAAGAGCGCUCAGAGAGACAUCCGGAAAAUCCCUCUUCGUCCCCUGGCUUCUCUUCUUUUUCCUCUUCGUUCGGGGGCCGCGAAAGCCCCAGCGCGUCUCCUCGCGGCCGAGACGGCCGACGCCCGGGGCGCGGUGUGCAUUGUGUGUGGAGCUCGAGGCGAAGCAGUCAAGUACAAACUGCCGUGCUGUCGCGGCCUCUUCUGCUCAUCGGGAUGCUACCAAGAACACAAAAAAAGGCCUUGCGCAUGCAGAGAACCGGGCGGACAUGAAGGCGCGCGAGAAAGGAGAGCGGAGGGAAGAGAAACGGAAGGUGACGGAGGCGGGGCGAUGCACUCUGAGUUUGUCGAACGAGAAGAAGAAGAAGAAGAAGAGAUGGAGGACCGCGAAGACGACGCACGGGCUGUAUGUACAGCUGGCGCGGGGAGAAGCGAAGGAGACAAGAAGAGGAGACGAGAAGACGGAGAGGACUCGGAAGAAGAAAGAGAAGAAGGCGAGGAAGAAGACAGUCACGACGGAAGAGAACCGUCGAAGGCGAAAUUCCAGAGACGCUUUCCAGCGGAAGGAGAAAUGGGCGACGACAGUGGCGGUGCGUCCUCGUGGUGUUUCGGGGAGAAAGAUCCCGACUUGUCCGGAGAAGACGAAACGGCCCCUCUUCCUCGCUUUGAAGGCUGCGAUGAACACGAGGAAGAUGUCGAAGAGAACGACGAGCUGUCUGUACAGCAGAAAGAAUCGCUCCGCACGAAUUUGAAGCUUCGCGAGGCCUUUGAGAACAAUGCGCGGUUGCGAGAAGCCUUCUCUGACGUGGCUGCGUCUGCCGACCAAACUGCCACGCUUGCGAUGUAUUUGAACGACGCGGUUUUCCACGGAAUCUGCAACCAAGUCAUGGACAUCAUUCAGGGCGACGAGCAGAGGAGUUGA